CUCUGGCUUCCGGUCCAGUACAAAUUAUGCAUCGCCGCAGUUGUCAUUCACUUCAGCGUGCCUAAACAGUGAGAUAAGAACAUGUUGGCCCCACAGAAGGAGGGGGUGCCCAGUGUGAUAGACAGUGCGCUGAGGAUGAGGAGAGAGGAGCAGGCUCGACAGGUGGUGCUCGCCUGGGCUGUGCUCAACGUCUCCCUCGCUGGAAUGAUUUACACGGAGAUGUCAGGGAAACUGCUCAGCCGAUACUAUAACAUCACAUACUGGCCAAUCUGGUACAUUGAACUGGUGCUGGCAUCUCUCUUCAGCCUCAAUGCUCUUUUUGACUUUUGGAAAUAUUUCAAAUACACUAUGGCUCCCUCCACUAUUGCUGUGUCCCCUGAGCAGCAUCUCCUUCUGGGGCUGAGGAACACAAGCAUUCAGGCCUCACCGCCACAGAAGCCAGAAAAGAAGGAGACCCCAGCUCCAGCCCAGUUGUCUCCACUGCAGGGUCAGAGUGUGCUGAGUUUUAGCCCUUCCCGUUCGGCAAACACUAACCCCAAGUUCUCCCCGAGCUGUGUACCUGGAUAUAGCCCUCCUCUCAGCAGUCCACCCACCCCAAACAGUGUGGGGGGGCCUUUUUCCCCCUCAGUGCCAUUUGGAAAGGUGUUGAACUACAGCCCAUCCCCAGGUUCUUCUCCCUACCCCAGCAGCAUUGGUCCAGCAGAGGGCUCCAGUUUGAGAGCUCGAUACCGUACUUCACCCUCAGUAUAUAAUUCCCCAGGAAGCAAGGAGGACUACAUGGAUGAUCAGAAAACCUUGGAGAGGUUCCUCCGCACAGAGGAAGAGAGGAGUCACCGCAGCCAACUAGGUAGUCCAGAGUCUGUGUCUCCAAACCACAGUCCAACAUUUUGGAACUAUAACCGCUCUGUGGGGGAUUACGCUCAGAGCCUGAGGAAAUUUUUGUACCAGCCAGCCUGUCGCUCUCAGGCUCCAUCUGCACACAAGGAUGAGACAGACCUGGGCUCAAAACAGGCUGCAGAGGAGGUGUGGGCCAGAAUCACAACCAGUCGCCCUGUAGUUGACCGCAUUGAUAGCUGGACUGCCAAGCUUAGGAACUGGAUAAGUGACACAAUCCUGGUCCCCCUGGUCAAGGAAAUUGACUGUGUCAACAGCCAGCUCAGGAGGAUGGGCUGCCCUGAACUCCAGAUAGGAGAUGCCAGCAUAAGCAGCCUGAAGCAGGCAGCAGUGAUGAAAGCCUCUUCCAUCCCCACCAUGAACUCUAUUGUCCAAUACCUGGAUGUCACACCCAACCAGGAGUAUCUGGUGGACCGAAUAAAAGAGCUGUCUCACAGCGGCUGCAUGAGCUCCUUCCGCUGGGAAAGAGGUGGUGAUCUGAAGAGCAGGAAGUGGGACACAGACCUCCCCUCUGAUUGUGCUAUCCUCAUGCACAUGUUUUGCACAUACUUGGACUCCAGACUCCCCCCACACCCAAAGUACCCAGACGGGAAGACUUUUACUUCACAGCACUUCAGCCAUACUCCAGACAAACCUGAUGUAACCAAAGAGAACCUCCUCUGCAUUCACCAAAGCAGCAUCACUCCACCUCACUACCAGCUCAUCUACCAGGGAAACAUCUACAGUCUUCCCAAGGGCAGGAACAACCUUUUCCAUACAGUCCUCAUGUUUCUCUAUGUCAUUAAGACUAAGGAGUCAGGGAUGCUGGGGAGAGUAAAUCUCGGCCUCUCUGGUGUGAACAUCCUGUGGAUAUUUGAAGACUGAUGCAUUUAUAAUUUACAAGCAACCACAAGCUACAAAUGGAUGAUUUUCCCUCAUCAGUGCUGCGUACACUGGUUGUAUCACCUUACAGGAGGCUCUUUAUAGGCAAAGUGUGGAAAAACUGUGCUUCUGUUUCUACUUCAUAACAAAUGCACAUUUUUUGAACGUUUACACGAUCUAAAAAUCAGCAGCAUGCUGUAUUUUCUGUUACACCAGUGAGCUUAUGAUACAAUGUAGAGCUGUAUUUUUUUUUAACAUUGGUUUGCUGAUUUUCAGAAUGCACCAGCAUGGGUGACUUGUACAUAAUAUACCUCACGACUUGUGAAUUGCAAAGGGUUAAAACCUUUUUAGCUUGAAUGUAAAUACAGUAUGUGCCGACUUCAUGUUUCUUUAGCAUCAUAGUGACCUUUUGGAGCUAAUGUUGAUUUUUUGUUGUUGUUCUGCCUUGGAAUGAAUGCCUGCAGUAAUAGGGACACUCCUGGGAUGUGCUUGAAUUCAGUUGCACAACAUGCUCAAUGAUACUAGUUUUGGUAUUUGAUGUGGACUAUUUUCCAUAUUACUAGGCCACCAUGCCACACAUAAUUAUGACUAGAGUUUAAUCUGACGUGCUGGAAAACAAAUUGGAAAAACUCUGAAUCACCAAAGUUUAUUUUUUGUAUGUACAGUAUGCCUUCUUUAGAACAGCCUCUCUGUGUCAGCCGUUCAUGAAGUUUUUACAUGUUGACUUCUGUUUUACAAAAUGUCACCUGAGACUAAAUAAAAUAAAAAUUUUGGUAUAAA